AUGACGCCAUGUUGGGCAGCCCCAGCAUGGCCGCGGUUCGGGCGGCUCCGGUCGGCGCUGCGGGGCCCGGAGGCGCUGAUGGUGCCCGGCGGGAUCCACGGGGCGUUCGCCUCUCGUACGGGGCUGCUGCGGGCGCUGAGGGCUCCUCCAGCCUGCCCGCCCCUGCAUCUCUCCUCUCCCGGCUUUACCCGCCUCCCCGGGCCGUUACGCAGCGCGCUGCCGCCCUCGGGGCCCCGGAGCAGCGGCGCUUGCCUGGGAUGUGCCCGGUGUGAGGGGGCGGCGGUGCCACAGCGCCCUGCGGCAGCUCCGCAGACGGCAGAGGGACCAGACCCGGCCGAGGAGCUGCGCCGGGCCUUGGCGCGUGUUAGCGCCGGCCGGCCGUGCCCGGAGCCGGACUUCGCCGGGGGCUCGGGCUGCGCCUGCCCCUGGUCCGCCCCCGCCGGUGUUUCCAAGGAGACCUGGGCCGCCGUCUGCGCCGCGGAGCCGCCGCACAGCCAGGGCCGGCGAGAGGCUCGGCCGCCGGGGCAGAUCUGCAGCCCGCAGCUCGGUGCGCAGGACGCGGCGUGGCAGGGAGACCAGCUGUCCUCCCAGCUCUACAGAAACAAGCAGCUUCAAGAUACUUUGCUUCAGAAGGAAGAGGAACUUGCUAGGUUACAUGAAGAAAAUAAUAACCUCCGACAAUACCUGAAUUCUGCCCUGAUUAAGUGUUUAGAAGAAAAAGCCAAGAAACUACUGUCUGGCCAUGGGCAAAAAACCUGUGCUAUCCUCAAAAGUACCAAGAGGAGAUUAAAAGAGGAUCACUGCUUGGUUCCUCAAGAAACUCCUCAUGCGUCCAAAGCUAGAAGGAACCUCUUCAAUGAAUUCACUGCCUGUGAAGAGCAAGCCAGCCCUGCUGUGGACAGCUGGGUCUUGCAGACUUUAGGAUUAAAAGAUGUGAACACCAUUGAUGAAGCUUCAGCUAACUACAGUGCCCUGUCCCCAGACCUCAGAAAAGACACGUACUGCCUGAGCCCUGGGGGAGCAGCAGACUUUGAGCACGGGGAAGGAGCAGCAGCAUUGUUUAGCUGCAGCCAUGUGCCUCCAGCCAGCAGCAGCACCCAUCCCUGCAGCGAGGAUUCUCCCUUCCUGCCUCAAUUUUCUUCAGCACCGUGCAUCUCCUCAGCAGUGCCAAGUGUUUCCUCCCUCCCAGCCUAUGGGUUGCCUUAUUUGACUGGUGGUUUGUCACCCAACAAGACAGAAGUGGCCUUCACAACGUCCCUGAGUCCCCACCGCAACGUGAGAACACACAGCUUCCACCAAGGACAGGCCUUUGUGCGCAGGGACGACGAUGGGGGAUGGAGAUUCACCUGGGUGCCCAAGCAGGCUGAAUGAUGCACCUGCAGCAAGGGUCAGCCAGAGGGGAUGUAGGAGUCACACUUUACCUUGUGCAUGAGACGAGUUCAGGCAGAAAAAAGGACCCCUUUUGCGUUUUUCUGUCACUAACCCACUCCUCAUUCCCUCACAGAUUUUCGCAGGUGUGACUCUAGAUUGCACUUGGACAAUUUUCUGCCCCAGAUGUUCAAACUGGAUUCCUUUCUCUUGUGCCUGUGUUGAGAUACCUGCUUUUACUUGAUUCCUGGGGUUUUGUCGUCUGCUCUUCCUUGUUACUGGUAGUUUCCAGGCUGGAGGGCUUUCACCUUUAAUGAUCACUUUCACGUGCACCAAACUGGAAACCACUUUGAGAAUACACCUCUCUCACUUUGGAAAUAGCACAUCUCUCACAGAUAUCCAGAGAUAACAAAGGAGGCAUAGGAUGGAGGCUGAGGAUCAGCAGUUUGAGUGAUUUAUGUCUCUCUUGAUUACACGGAUUGCCUUGGAUUUAACAAGUACCCGUGCUUGC